GAGGGCGGUGCCAGUACAAAGCGCAGGAGCAGUUGGCGAGGAUGGAAGUAUUGAGAGAAGUCUGAGCCGCAUCGGAUUCUCCUCUGUCCCCGGGACACUGAGCGGACACGGCCGGGAGGAUGAACUCGUUAUUAUUCGGGGAAUUGGCUCGGGCCGGGGAGUCUCCUCCGGGAACAGCCGCGACCUCGGCUCUGCGCAACGACCUGGGCUCCAAUAUCCACGCGCUGAAGACUCUGAACGUUCGUUUCCGAUGUUUCCUGGCGAAGGUUCACGAACUGGAGCGGCGGAACCGACUGUUGGAGAAGCAACUGCACAAUCAGUAUCAGCAGCAGCAACAGGAGCGCAGGAGCCGCUUCCGCAUCUUCCGCCGGGACCAGGGAGUCCAGACCGACCCCCCGAACCUCAACCAGCCCCCCAAUAACAACAACCCCCCCUACAGCCGCCUCCCCGGGACCAUCUGGACUUACUCCCACGUCAGACGCACCGGCGGGGGCUCCCUGGAGACUGUACAGGGCCCCGGGGUGUCUUGGACUCAUCCUGAUGGAGUUGGGGUUCAGAUCGACACGAUCACCCCCGAGAUCAGGGCCCUGUACAAUGUAUUGGCCAAAGUCAAGCGGGAGAGGGACGAGUACAGGAUCAAGUGGGAGGAGGAGCUUGGUAAGCGCAUGAAUUUGGAAUCUAUGGUGGAGAACAUGCAAGAGGAGGCGCAGGAGGCUUACGGUGUCCAUGAUGAGCUCAAUGAGAAGAUCGAGAGGCUGAAGUCGGAACUGGUGGUGUUUAAGGGUCUGAUGAGUGAUCCGAUGACCGAUCUCGACUCAAAGAUCCAAGAGAAGGCAAUGAAGGUGGAUAUGGACAUCUGCAGGCGGAUUGAUAUCACCGCCAAACUGUGUGAUGUGGCGCAGCAGCGCAACUCUGAGGAUGUGUCCAAGAUGUUCCAGGUGGGGACGGUGACCAAAAAGCGAGAGCGUAAGUUGAUGUCUGAGGAAGACAUAUCGGAGAAGGACGCUGACGCGGGGAGAUUCUCGGACGAUGAAGUCAGUUGUUCCCUCAACAUUACGGACGAGAUGAAACGAAUGUUUAACCAACUACGCGAGACGUACGAUAUUGACGACGACUGUGAUAGUUUGGCGUGGGAAGAGAAUGAAGACACGUUGCUUCUCUGGGAGGAUUUCGCCAACUGCAACCCAACUGUCGAGGCGCAGGGAGAGCAAGAGGAAACCCUGGGAGAUUUGAUCCAAGAAGCAGAGAGUUUCCUAACAACCCGGGACAAAGCUUAUCAGGAAACUAUUGGGCAGAUAGAGCUGGAAUUGGCCACGGCAAAAAGCGACAUGAACCGGCACCUACACGAAUACAUGGAAAUGUGCAGCAUGAAACGAGGGCUCGACGUACAGAUGGAAACCUGCCGGAGGCUCAUAAAGGGGUCGGAGGGCAGAAAUUCUCCAUCCAUCAGCUCUGUGUCGAGCAGCGACUCCGGGAACUCAGACGAGAUGCAGGAGGAAUUGGAGAAGGACGUUGAAGUGGACAGCGCCAUUAGCUGAUGAGCUCCGCCUUGUGGGAGUGGCAGCAUGUCCUGAACCAAUUAGAGACGCUGAUUCCCACGAGAGGGUUGCGGUUACCCGACAGACUCUCCCUCCCCUGAUGCUGGUGCUGUAAAUGUCUAUUCUUCUAUGGAAACUAAAGGUGUAAAUAGUGAUUUUUUUUUGUAAGGAAACUGUUAAAAUGUGCCUUCCCCCCUGUAGCGCCAUCCUGAGGCCUCAAUUAAAGGGGAGUUUAAAGUCUUCUCUCCUCCCAUCCCGCUAUUGGCUUCCAGAUAUAACCAGGAAAGGGGCGGGAACUCUCAUGGCUCCUGAGUGGCAGUUCCCCUUUAAAUCCCCUGUGUGGCGCUGCAGUAGGAAAGGCGGGUCAGCGAGUGGCGCUGUGUAGGAAAACUAUGCAAAACGCUUGCCUUAUUUGCCCCAGGGGGCGACCUCUGUCUCUCAUUGGGCUCACGGUUACGCACGUUGGGCUUCUCCAGGAAUACGGGAUCCAGUUCCAGCAGUGAAAGACUGUGAUCCGGAGCUUGGGCUCGGACUGUAGCACUUAUAGGCUUAACCCCUUCCACCAAUGGGGUCGGGGAAUAAUAUUUCCACAAUGAUGACAAAAAGCAGAUUUCUUUUUUUUCUGCCUUGUGCUCUGACAUAGAACGACUCAUUAAAGGGGAAGUUAACCCAAAUGAUAUGAGUGGGUGGGUUCUACCUUUCUAUCGUGUGACAGAAUGAUGGGUGGGUGGGGCAAAACCAUUUUAAAAAGAUUUUGUAUUUGGGUUUACUUUCCCUUUAAUAGUCAAGAAGAGCUAAUGUAUAUUGAUGCCAGCGGGACAGGAUAUUUGCACCUUUAUUACUACGAUCAGGCCCGUCCUGGUUCCUUAAAUGAGGAGCGGCGCCCGAGGCUGCGACUCCCGUUCUACAAAUACACCCGACAACCUUGAUUUCUUCCUUAAUGCUUAACUUUGCCUUUAAAGCCAUUUCUGUGUAUAUAUAUAUAUAUAUGUUUAUUUAUCAAACCUCGGUGGCCUUGUGAUUAUAAUGAAUUCCACUGGAACUCCGCCCCCGCGGAACAGUCACUCGUCCUGAAUCCCCUCCCUCGCUCUCUUCCCCGUAUUGUAACCAAAGCUCCAACCCACUCCCUCAAUAUCAGAGAGGAAUCGAGGGGGCGGAACUUAUUUCAACUCCCUCCCACUUUUGAUUUUCCCCUAUGUCAAAAUUUGAGAUUUUUCGUUAAAUUUUUUUUUUUAAAAUACAUUCAGAAUUUUGUAAAAAUUCUGGCGAAAUUUUAAAAAUUAAAAACAAUCUAUGAAUUCUUCCUCCGGUUGCGUCGGAAAAAGCGCAGCCAAUCGUUCCUCUUCUUUAUCAGCUGAAAUCUGUAAAUAGAUUCUUUGUAUUUUCUACGCGACUUUGUGUCACAUUGACACUUUUUUUCUAGAUUCUUUAGGUCCUCGUACAAGAGGUUUUUGUUUUUUUUGUAGAUUCGCCGCUCGAAAGACUAAGUUAAAAUUUGGGUCGGCUUUACGCCGUUCCUGGUUGGAAUUCUGAGUUUUUGAGUCCGUGGUGGGAUCUUCCCGGGGUUAAUACCCUAAAGGGGAGAUAUUCCUGACGCCCAUCACAGCCCUAAAGCUACCAGCCAAAAAAUGUAACGUAGGCAAAAGCCACAGAACUCGUGUCUUAAAUUGGGGCCCCUUGUGGCCCCCCGUCUAACGCGGAGUCUGUACAUAAGGAAGGGGUGCUGGUGAUUAUAUAAGAAUUGCUUGAUGUGGGUGCAUGUAUAGAAAGUCCAACGAUUUGAAGGGGUCGGAAUUUAACGACAGAAUCGCGGACGAAUGUUUUUGGGAAAUUGUAUUUACUUGUCUGUGGCGGUGUUGGGGGUGGAAUGUAUUUCAAACAGAAAUAUAAAAAAAAAUAGAAUUCUUGGGAAAAUUCACCUAUAACCAUAAGCUUACUGUCCUCUAUUUAUAAAGCAAAAAAAUUGUGAAUAUUCUAUUUUUAUGAGCAAAACUUUUUUUUUUUUAAAUAAAAACAUAAAAAAAUGUAGAAUAAAAAAAAAAACCUCUCCACUCGGUAUUCAGACUCCAUUGUUAUUGGCGGCAGUACGAGAUUCCUUAGCGGGUGCCGCCCACUCCAAGGAGCCAAUCAGGAAUUGUUUCACAGAGACAGUUAGGAAUUGGGAGGUUUUUUUUUAUAGGGCAAAAUCUUAGUCUGGGGUUAAUAAUGUGUAAGAGAAAAGGCAAUAGAAAUUUUAUAAAUGUUAAGGGAAAAUCCCAUGAUCAUGAGUCACAUGAUGUUUUUUGUUUUUGUUCAUUAUAUAAUUUUUUUUUUUUUUUUAAAUCAUGUGUUGGGGUAAAUUUCAUUAUUUUUUUUUAAAAAAAAUCUGGUUUUGGGGGUGCAAUAAUAUUCAGCAUCACAUUUAUACUCUACUUUAUAAAAAAGCAAUAGUAGAAAAAAAAUGUGAAUCUCUUACCUCGUAUUUGCAAAUAUUCACACGCACGGUACAAUAUGAAAUCUGCAGAUUUGCUUUCUGAAUCUCUUAAAAAAAAAAAAAUUAAAAAAAAUCCCUUUUCUCAUUGAGAAUUUAUU